AUGUCUUGCUACAUCCCAUCUUGUGGCCCAUCCUGCGCCAUCCCAUCUUGCGCCUCAAAACCUGUCAUUGGUCUUGGACGGUGUGGUGCCGGCUCAGGCUUCGGGGGCAUCGGCUAUGGCAGCUUUGGAGGGGGUAGCGCAGUCUCAGCCAGCAGCCUCGGGGUGCUGUCUGGAGUCCACCCCUCGUGCGUCAACCAAAUCCCACCAUCUGAAGUGGUGAUCCAACCACCUCAGGUCGUGCUGACCAUCCCUGGACCCAUCCUGUCUGCCAGCUGUGAACCCUUAGCCGUGGGAGGCUACAGCCCAUGUGCUUCCGGAGGUUAUGGAGGUUACGGAGGAGGCUAUGGACGCCUUGGAAGUGGAAUUGGGGGCAUCUGUUCACCGAGACGUAGACAAAGCAUCUGCAGAUACCCCUGCUAA